AUGCGCCUUUAUGAGGCACGCCGAAACGAUCCAGCUUCUAAUGGCAAAAAACUACCCUCAAUCCAUGGAAACACAACAAUACCAAAGCUCGAAAUGAACGCAAUCACACUGGCAGCACCUCUCGCGAAUGCUAUCAUAACCCAACUGAAGGGGUGUGCUACAUAUAAGAGAAAUUUAUAUCCUAUCGGAUUCCGAAAUUGCCUUGUGCUGGUUGAAAAGCUCUCCCAAACGAGAAUUGAUGGAAAUAAGAAGGAUUGUGGAACACCUAGCCAAAGAACAUUGCCUUAUGCAAUUUGGACACGUAGGAUAACCCCGCUGACUGCGGAACAAGCUUUGACGAAAAGCGAAUUCAGUCACCACCACUGGUGGACAGGACCAGAGUGGCUCCAACACGAAGUAACCCAUUGGCCACUACGGAACACAGUAUUCGGAUAUGUUGCCAAAGAUCAAAAAAAGAAAGUGGAAGCGAAAUCUGAUAGAAUCAUAGCGGCUGAAGUGGCAGUUUGCGAUGAUAAACUUCUACCACGAGGAAGGAUACACACAUUUACCCGAGCAAAACGGAUUGUUGCAUAUGCCCUUCGUUUUAUUCGAUCAGCAGUGACGAAGAUUAAUAGGAAGGGUGGAUACAAAAUCGCGAUGCCAGAAUCCGCAGCAAAGUUCAUAAUAAAAAAACAUCAAAGACUCAAUGCCACCAGUGACAUCAGAAAGGCGCUGAAAGACCUCAAUAUUCAGAAGGAUAAGGAAGGAAUAUAUCGCUGUUACGGAUGCCUGGGCAAGGCACAAUUAGAAUUCUCGAAGACCCCAUCUUUAUAUUACAAAAAACCACACUAG